GAGAGACGGAGAGAGAGAGGGAGAGAGAAAGCGAGAGUUAACCGGUGUCAAAGCCGAUUACAGCUUAGCUCGUCUGUGAUGCGGUCACUGUCAGUCCACUUGAGGGAUCUCCCGCCUAUGAACAAGUCGCAUUUAGUCCCUUCUGCUUUUUACCCUUAAUUAUUUGUCCCAGUUGUUUUUGUUUGCAUAUCCAAACGUUUAGCACGGUAACAUGGAGCACAGGACGCGUUGGACUCCGAGGCGGACCGAGCUAGUAUGAAUUUCCCUGCAGAAGCGCGUCCACAGGCGGACCAACUUUUCCGUUGGCCACGGGUGCUAAAUCAAAGCGGAAAGUUUACGCGCGUCGGCGCGAACAUGAAUUUAGCGUAAAGACUACAUCUCCGUUUUUUUUUUGUUGAGUUGACCGUUGGGAAGGAGGAACAAAAAUGCAGAAAAGUGUCCGGUACAACGAAGGACACGCGCUGUUUCUGUCGCUGCUGGCGCGCAAGGAGGGAACCAAGCGCGGCUACCUGAGCAAGAAGACCGCGGAGAACAGCCGCUGGCACGACAAGUUUUUCGCGCUUUACCAAAAUGUGUUGUUUUACUUUGAGAACGAGCAGAGCGCGCGCCCCUCCGGGAUUUACCUGUUGGAGGGGUGCACCUGCGAGCGCGCGCCAGCCCCGAAGAUGUCCACAGCAGCGAAGGAGCCCCUUGAUAAACAGCAUUACUUCCUCAUCGUGUUCGGCCAUGACGGACAGAAGCCCCUGGAGCUGCGGAUGGAGGAGGAGAGCGAGUGUGAUGAAUGGGUGGAGGCCAUCCAGCAGGCCAGUUAUUCUGACAUAAUAAUUGAGCGUGAGGUGCUGAUGCAGAAGUACAUCCACCUGGUUCAGAUUGUAGAGACUGAGAAGGUGGCGGCCAAUCAGCUACGCACACAACUGGAGGACCAGGACACUGAGAUCGAGAGGCUGAAAUCAGAGAUUAUCGCUCUUAACAAGACCAAGGAGAGAAUGCGGCCAUACCACGUCAACCAAGAAGAAGAAGACCCAGACAUUAAGAAGAUCAAAAAGGUGCAGAGUUUCAUGCGGGGCUGGUUGUGUCGGAGAAAGUGGAAGAUCAUCGUGCAGGACUACAUCUGCUCCCCGCACGCAGAGAGCAUGAGGAAACGGAACCAGAUCGUCUUCAACAUGGUGGAGGCAGAGACAGAGUACGUGCACCAGCUGUACAUCCUGGUCAACUUCUUCCUCAGACCCCUGAGGAUGGCUGCCAGCUCAAAGAAACCCUCCAUUAACCACGAUGAUGUCAGCAGCAUUUUCCUGAACAGUGAAACCAUCAUGUUUCUACAUGAAAUUUUCCACCAAGGAUUAAAAGCUCGCAUAGCCAACUGGCCGACUCUGGUUUUGGCCGACCUGUUUGACAUCCUGCUGCCCAUGCUGAACAUCUACCAGGAGUUUGUGCGGAACCACCAGUAUAGCCUGCAGGUGCUGGCCAACUGCAAGCAGAACAGGGACUUUGACAAGCUGCUGAAGCAGUAUGAGGCCAACGGAGCCUGUGAGGGCCGCAUGCUGGAGACCUUCCUCACCUACCCCAUGUUCCAGAUCCCCCGCUACAUCAUCACCCUCCACGAGUUACUGGCACACACUCCUCAUGAGCACGUGGAACGGAAGAGUCUGGAGUUUGCUAAGUCCAAACUAGAAGAACUGUCCAGGGUGAUGCACGAUGAAGUGAGCGACACCGAGAACAUCCGUAAGAACCUGGCCAUAGAGCGUAUGAUCGUGGAGGGCUGUGACAUCCUCCUGGACACCAGCCAGACCUUCGUCAGGCAGGGUUCUCUGAUCCAGCUGCCGUCGGUAGAGCGAGGCAAGCUGAGCAAGGUGCGACUGGGCUCGCUCUCCCUGAAGAAGGAGGGCGAGCGCCAGUGCUUCCUGUUCACCAAACACUUCCUCAUCUGCACGCGCAGCUCCGGGGGCAAGCUGCACCUACUCAAGCAGGGCGGAGUUCUUUCCCUUAUCGACUGCACCCUAAUAGAAGAGACAGACGCAAGUGACGAGGAGUCUAAGAGCGGCAGCACCGUGUUCGGCCAGCUGGACUUCAAGCUGGUGGUGGAGCCGCCUGACGCCCAGGCCUUCACCGUGGUGCUGCUGUCGCCGUCGCGCCAGGAGAAGGGCGCGUGGACCAGUGAUAUCAGCCAGUGCAUAGACAACAUCCGCUGCAACGGCCUGAUGACCAGUGUGUUUGAGGAGAACUCUAAAGUCACUGUUCCCCAUAUGAUCAAAUCCGAUGUGCGUCUCCAUAAAGAUGAUGUUGACAUUUGCUUCAGCAAGACGCUCAACUCCUGCAAGGUCCCGCAGAUCCGCUACGCCAGCGUGGAGCGUCUGCUGGAGAGGUUGACCGACCUGCGCUUCCUCUCCAUCGACUUCCUCAACACCUUCCUGCACACCUACCGCAUCUUCACCACCGCUGCCGUGGUCAUGGACAAGCUGGCCGACAUCUACAAGAAGCCCUUCACCUCCAUCCCCAUCAGGGUACAGUACCACUCAUUUGAUCGUCUGUCCAUCACAUCCAUCUGUCCGGACUACAGUCUGAAGAUCAAGAAGAUAGCCUUGGACCAGCCAAAGAGCUUGGAGCUGUUCUUCGCAACCAAUCAGAACAACCGAAGCGGCGAGCACGCCAACGACAAGUCCCCUCGCCUGGCGCGCAAGUUCUCCUCCCCGCCUCCCCUGUGCAUCACCUCACGCACCUCCUCCCCGGUGCCCGCACGCAAGCUCUCCCUCCACUCCCCCGUCUCCGCCCGCGUGGGGGGUCUCGACCUGGGCAGCCCCCUGAGUCACCAGCACCACCCCCACCAGACCUCCCAGUCCGCCUCCAGCAGCCCCACGUCCUCGGGCACCCCCCUGACCCCCCAGACCCCCCCGACCCCGCAGACCCCCACCACGUCCCCCCUGCCCCCCGCCUCCACCUCCCCUCCGCCCAACGGCUCCAAGCCCCAACAGGACCAGGGCUCCCCGGGGCCCGCCUCCCCGGAGCAGGGCCCCGCCUCCACCACCCCUGAGGGGGAGGAGCUACCCAAGAUCGACCCCUUCAGCGGCAAGCUAAGGCGCAGCAUCCGCAGGGCCGUGCUGGAGUCUGCAUCGCUGGACAAGAUCACCCCAGAGUCCCGGACCCCCGUACCGGAGCCCUCUCAGAGCAGCGAUGCCGGGGGGGAGAUGUCCCCGUGUCGCUCCCCCUCAACCCCCCGUCAUCUCCGCUACAGACAGCCUGGAGCCCAGUCAGCAGAGAACUCUCGCUGCUCUGUGUCUCCUGCCUCGGCCUUCGCCAUCGCCACGGCAGCAGCAGGUCACGGGUCACCGCCAGUGUACGCUAAUGCAGAGCGGACGUGCGACAAAGACUUCAUCAUCCGAAGAGCCGCCACCAACAGAGUGCUGAACGUUCUGCGGCACUGGGUCUCUAAGCACUCACAGGACUUUGAGAUGAACGGGGAGUUGAAGAUAGGUGUAGUGUGUCUCCUCGAGGAGGUUCUCCGAGAUCCUGAUCUUCUUCCUCAGGAGAGGAAAGCUACGGCCAACAUACUGAACGCUCUCUCCCAAGAUGAACAGGAGGAUGUUCAGCUCAGGAUUGAAGACAUCCUACAAAUGGCCGAGUGUCCGAGGGCCGAGUGCUUUGAGUCUCUGCCUGCGAUGGAGCUGGCUGAACAGAUCACCCUGCUGGACCACAUUGUCUUCAGGAGCAUCCCUUACGAGGAGUUCCUGGGCCAGGGCUGGAUGAAAGUGGACAAGACAGAGAGGACCCCGUUCAUCAUGAAGACCAGCCAGCACUUCAAUGACAUGAGCAACCUGGUGGCGUCCCAGAUCAUGACCCACACGGACGUGGGCUCGCGGGCCAACUCCAUUGAGAAGUGGGUGGCCGUGGCCGACAUCUGCCGCUGCCUCAACAACUACAACGGCGUGCUGGAGAUCACCUCCGCCCUCAACCGCAGUGCCAUCUACAGGCUGAAGAAAACCUGGGCCAAGAUCAGCAAGCAGACCAAAGCUCUGAUGGACAAGCUGCAAAAAACGGUCUCGUCGGAAGGCCGGUUCAAAAACCUGCGAGAGACUCUGAAGAACUGCAACCCUCCCUGCGUGCCCUACCUGGGGAUGUACCUCACCGACCUGGCCUUCAUCGAGGAAGGAACGCCCAAUUUUACCGAGGAAGGACUCGUCAACUUUUCCAAAAUGAGGAUGAUUUCCCACAUCAUCAGAGAGAUCCGACAGUUUCAGCAAACCCCGUACAGAAUAGAGCAUCAAGUCAAGGUGACCCAGUAUCUGCUGGAUAAGACCCUGAUCAUGGACGAGGACACCCUGUACGACCUCUCCCUGAAGAUAGAGCCCCGUCUCCCCGCCUGAGGGUCCGGCUGCCAUGGGCCCAGGAGCCUGACCUCCAGACCCCCCCCCCCCCCCCUACAGCUGACCCCCAGAGAGGACGUAGGGGGGGAGUCCUUUGAGAGAAAAACAAGCCAUCGUUGACUUACUCAUCCUUUACUGAAAGUCAAAUUCGUCAUGUUUAACGAGAGAGGUGGACAAAGCGAAGCCAGAGGUGCACCAUGGGUAGAGUUUGGGAAUGCAGUGGCGUUUGUCCUCCUGAGGUCGCCUGGAUCGGGGGUCUUGUCGAGGGGCGAGAGUGCACAGUGUUCUGUGUUUCUUUGCACGCGCACAGAUGUUUAGAGGGGGUCCGCGACGUCGCACUGCGUCCGACGGUUCCGGUGUGGCCCCAUGACAUCAUCACACUUCCUUCUGGCGGGUUCCCCGGAACGCGUGCGGAUGCUCAGAGCGCUAGGAAGGCCUUGCAUGGCGUCGGGGGUGCAUGUUCCGCAGUAACGCUGAGCCGUGGAUGUUAAAAGAGAUGUAGCAUGUACAGGGGAGCGCGGCGCUGCUCCCAGGUGUUUGUGCCGUCGUCCGAGUUCCGCUGCGAUUCUGUGCCCAGUGUGUGUUGACGCAAAACGCUUAGAGCCGCCACGCUCUCAAUCGUUAUGGUUGAUGUUGAUUGAUUAUUGUUGUUGUUAUUAUUAUUAUUAUCAUUAUCAUUAUUAUUAUUAUUAUUAUUAUUAUUAUUAUUAUUAUUAUUAUUAUUAUUAUUAUUAUUAUUAUUAUUAUUAUUAUUAUCCAUAAUGAUCCUUUGGCCCGACAUCAUAGCCUCCUCUGAGACAAGGUGAAGGUUUGUUCGACACAAUGCACCGCAAACAGGCGAGAAUGUCUCCAACACUUAAAAUAUCACACUAAAGACAACCUGAGAUAAUUAGAAAGCUGAAAAUGUAUUUUUACCAUCUUUUUUACCCAAUGCUAUUUUUUUUAUUUGGACCGUGCCUCUUAUUAUUAAUGUAUUUAUAAUAACCUUUUCAUUAUGGUCGACAUGAAUGAUAAUGAUCAUUAUAUCCUGAAAGGUGCCUUCUUAGAAUUUUGAUAAAUUUCCCCCCAGCUGCAAAAAAUAUAAAACAGAGGAAAGCAUUAUUAUAAAUUCAGGAGGUUAAAAUAAUCAAUACAAUUGUUUGAAUUUACUGUAGGUUAUUUAAAAAGUUAGAUUGCAGAUUGAUGGAUUAAUUUUGAAGUCUAGACUAUUAAGUAGCAUUUGAACAGGAUACACAUCAAAGAUUUCCAACAUCAAUGUCUCACCCAAGUGGUCGAUUGUUGCAACUACAGACCUGGCCAAUCACAUCUUUAGUAUCAUUAAUUUUGAUUUAUGGCUUGAAAUAUAAACGUACUGUCCUGUACACCGGUGUGUUGUUUUUGGAUGUAGGACAAGGUUGUCUUUGCACUCUCUGAGAUGUAGCUUUGCCUGAAUGAAUAGAUCAUAGCUGUCUCCAUUGUUAUAAUUUAUUUAAUCAGAUUUAGUAGUGUUUUGUAUAUAGUGAAAACAGAAAUAGCAUAUAAUAUAUAAAGUUUAUAUGAAAAUUGUCUUGCUGUGACAUGACCAUUUUCUUUGAUUUCUUCCUCAAUUCUUGAUUUUGCAUUCCCUAGCUUAUGUAUAGUAAGAAACCUUUGUUGCAUCUAAUAUAAAAUAAAAAAAAUAGUAUUCUAAUGUUUUUAAAAAAAAUGUAGCAUUUCAGUAAUGGCAAUGUAGUAUCUAGCCGUGCAGCGUUCCUUGUGUGACGUAUCUCUGAUAUGAUGAACAUAGUUUUCCUGCACGUUCCCUACAUCUGCAUGUAGUGCAUGUCAGACCAGAGCCCCCACCUUGCUGCUUCUGUAUGUCUGUCUGUCUGUGUGUGUGUGUGUGUGUGUCUCUCUCUCUCUCUCUCUCUCUCUCUCUCUCUCUCUCUCUCUCUCUCUCUCUCUCUCUCUCUCUCUCUCUCUCUCUCUCUCUCUCUCUCUCUCUCUCUCUCUCUCUCUCUCUUUAUAGAUUAUAUAUUCAAUACUGCCAUCUCAGGCGACAUCACCGAGGACUAAAGGGAUAUUUCACCCUAUAAUGGUCCAUUUCCUAUAUUCAUUGAUGUGUUUUGAUGGAGAUUUAUCUGUUCACACUUUUUCAUCCAUUGUUGUGCGAUGCCGGGCUCUUGUCGUAACACAAUGCAUAUCAGGGCCCUGCUUGUGGAGCUUGUGGAUGAGGUCUGGGGUGGAGGUUGGAGGAUGGGGUGGUUGUGGAUAGUGGUGGUCGACUUGGUGGACUUUUCCCUUAACUACCUGUGUCUGUGUGCAUCUGUGGGGCAAAAACAUAAAACAUGGAAAAAAUAAGUUUGGGAAAAACCGGAUGCUUUGUUUUGUAUUGCAUUCUUGUUUUGUGUUUUGAUAUGUCUGUAUGUAAGAAUGUUUGUAUUUAUGUAUGUAUGUAUGUACGUUUGUUGAAAUAUUAGUUUGUAUGCUUUUACUUAUAGGUGCAGGGGAAAUAAAAUUCAACAUGCCUUAAGUGAAA